CGAUACCAAGCCCAUCGCUGUCGCACCGAUGAAAUGUUCACCUUGUGCAUACGUCGCUCAAGGUCAGAAUUGCUUGAAUGAAGCAGUCUCCGCAUGUGCAGGUUGUCACUUAGUGACGUACUGCUCCGAGUUAUGCCAAUCGAAACACUGGCCUGAACACAAACAAUCAUGCAAGCAUCGACUACGCUCUAAAAAUGGAAACCCGAUCACGUCAUAUCUGGGACUUUGCCUUUAUUUUCUUCCACUAUUACUCUCAGUGAUAGCUUAGGGGUGGGCGAAUGCUUCUCUAGCUUGGUACCCGCAGUAGAUAUACUCAAGCUUUCUCGUAACGAGGGCAGGAAGUACACCAGAAAGGAUAUUUCACUCGCCUUCGUUGACGGCAAUCUUGAGAAUUUUAUACACACCGUGACUGGGUUACCUCUGGACUACGCUGGAACUUUGACAGUUCUACUUAAUAAUUCUCAACCUCUCAUCACUUCACGGACCAUUGCAAUCCUCUCGAUCCUGGGCAACCUUGAGCAAAGCGUCCCUGAAGCAGCCGAACUAGCCCUUCACUACUGACACUGUGCUCCAGCAACUACCCCUUUUCCAAGAUGGCAUGUUCUCUGUGAAGCUCGGCAAUAAUGGGAAACUUUUGGGCUCUAUCGGAGGGAAAAUCCUGACCGCACUUGUAGGACAACAGAUAUCUAGGCGACAUUGGGGCUUGGCGCAAGCUGGAGAGGAAAGGCGACGUGUGAUGUAUAAUCAGGCCCGCGAGGAAGUGCAUCAGAGAUUCUACGCCAACAUGGAUCCCUCUCACAGGCUGGCCUUUGAAUAUUUUCGUCAAACAGGCAUCGUGUUCCCUUUCGGAGGCUCAAUAGCUGAAUUCACAGAACCUAAUUAUUCCUUCUUCAUGCCUGGGUGUCAAACCCCGGAGUGGCUGCAACAUGACCAGGUUCAGCCCCUCGAUAGUUGGGAUCGACCAACUGUGGUAGAGGUGGGUAGGGCACAUGGAUGUCAUGAAUCGGAUAUCUUCGGCUGUCUCUACUUCUAUCUCUCUGAAGAACUACGAGCUUUUGCAGAGCGGUUGCGCCGUUUCAAGAUAUCAAUCUACAUCACAUCACAAACCACUAAAGAUCUUGCGCCUAAAAUCAAAGAAGGUGCCUUUGAAUCACUGGGACUACAGCCAACUGUACAGUUCGACCGCAUCGACUUUCAUAUCUGUGUUUUGGAGAACAGACUCACUACUCCAACGGAAUUAAUCUUGAACUGGGGCCCUCUUCUCAAGCGGGAGAAUCCACAUGCCACUAUGCUGGGAGCUCUCAUGGUCUGGGCAGACAACGAACCCAACGGGAAACUGUAUGAUGUCUCCGAAAUUAGCGUUGCCAAUGGACCAUCCGCAGAUGAUUUCAUUCGAGGAGUUGAAACUACUGCAGUGGUAGCUGAAUUUUGGCGCAAAGGAUGGAUUCCAAUGCCGGUUUCGGGAGCUUUAAAUACACCAGCCAUCUUUUCUCACGUACACGUUCUGCACGCCGUGUAUGACAACUCGAAGGCUUUCGCAAUGUAUCUCGAAAGAAAUGAUAUUCCUGCCAUCGCAAAGCGCGCUGGCUUGAAGCUGAAAACUAAACAUACCGUAGUUCCCCACCGACCCAUUGGUGUUCCAUUAGAUGCGCCGUUCAACGCCGUCCCAGAGUUCGCAAGCCGCGAAGAUUUCUAUUUGCAAGUCCAACUGACCAGCGGUAUAACCGAGUUUACGGAGCGUUACAUAGAGUUUGGGCCGGCGUGAAUGAAGUAUAAUGUGCAAACAUGCGCCAAUGCAAUUAGAUGUGUGUAUAUC